CAUUAUUUAACACAGAACGCCACAAGCAUUCAAGUGAAUUGUCCUCUUUGCUUCGGUGGCCGCUGUUGAUAAUUCACCAUGGAAUUUCCGCUUGUUAUUGCCAUUGCCUUCGGAAUAAUUGCUCAAUCAAUGGAAGGUGGAGCGAUUAGAAAAAAGUGCUUCUCUAAGAUCUGCUCCAGCAACCCCUCCAAUAUGAUGCGAGUAUGGGAUAGAUUUGGCAGUGGAGCCUUUGGGGCCCCAAGGUGUUGCGAGAAGGAUGGGACUCGCUGGGCCAACAAAGGAAUUGAUAUCAAGUGCUCUGCUGGUUCGAGGGUAUAUGCACCUUUUCCUGCUAGAGUUCUCUAUUCGUACAGGCCGUUCUUGAAAAACAGGAGACCAUAUAACGUUGCGAUUCGCCUGCGAGGAACUGGAGCAUGGAAAGAUCCCUUCUAUGUGGAGCAAAGUCUUAAACAAACCAGUAUUGUCAUCAAGUUUCCAAGAAGGAACAAAGGGGAUAUGAGGGGAUGGGAUGACACAUUUCUAACGUUUCUUCCAGGUUAUGGUGUGAGGUUGUUUUUCGUAAAGAAGAGAGCUCGCAAUGGACGUUACGUUUCUGCCGGAACUUUCAUUGGUUACAUGACCAACAUGGCGCCCGAGUAUGGCUACGGUAUGACUAAUAGUAUUCAAGUGCAGGUUGACAAGAAUGGAGUGACAAUGAACCCAACUAAGUUUUUCUGUUAA